CAGGAAAUCUCAUGCACUGAAAACAGAAUCAUUAAGUAUCAAAAGAAUUUAUUAUAAUAGAACAAACUGAAGGACGAAAAACGUAAUUUCGGAAAAUAUUGAAAACCGGUUACAUUUAUUCAUUCGACGAUACUCAAGAUCAUAUCAGUCAAGUUGAUUACAUAUAGUUAUCAAAGAAUCGUCAAAGCUGUUUGUUGUUUAUUAUCAUAUAUAUAUUUUUUAACCAGUGAAAAAUGGAUUUUAGAGAACUCGUCUCUGAAUUCAACAGAGCUGAUAAAUCGUUUAAUUUGUAUAUGUUAUGUUCUUCUUUGCUUAUUUUAAAAAUUAUGGUAUUAAUCGUUUUCACUAUUCUCACAAGAAUGAGAAACAAAGUAUUCAUAAGUGAAGAAGAUGCAAAAUUUUUCAAGGGCGAAGUAAAAAUUAAUGAUGACGUAGAACGCAUAAGAAGAGCUGUCCAGAACGAUUUGGAAAACAUAUUGCCGUUCUUAUUAAUUGCUUAUUUGUACUUGUAUACAAAUCCUCCAUCUUGGUUAGUUCACUUAUUAUUUAUCACUUUCGUUGUGGUAAGAAUUUUGCACAGUAUAGUAUAUGCAGUAUUUGUUCUCCCUCAGCCUACAAGAGCAGUUUUAUGGGCUAUUGGUUUUGGUAUUACUCUUCUCAUGACUUGCAUUAUAUUCUUUAAAUCAUUACAAGCUUCAUUUAAUAAUUGAUUUGGACUUAAUAAUUGUACAAUUAUUAUAAGUGUGUAAGACUGAUUGCCGAGACCUAAUUUGAAGAAUUUGCGAUUUUGGUUAUUGAACUGGAUUUUCUCAGAUUUAAAUGUUGAAAAAAUCAAUAAUUCAGUUUUAUUACGAAAAGGAAUUUAUAAUUGAUGAAAAUAAUGUUUGAGAAGCAUGUAAAAACUUGUACAGUUGAUAAAAGCAAAACUAAUGAAUUGAAAAAAAGUCUGUUAUUUCUUUUACAAUUUUUACAGUUCACUUAAUCUAAGACUUUUGAAAUAUACAUCUUGUUUGGACUUAUAACAGGACAAGAUAGUUUCAACACCAGUUAAAAUAAUUUAGAGUUUUUAUCAAACUAAUCAAUUUUCAGAUAAUAUAAUUACAAAAUAAGAAUUAUGAAAUAUAUCAGAGGUAGGUUGUUGAAAUUCUGGACAUUGAAAAAUAUUUAGUUAAAUGAAAAUACAUUAGUACCUAUUAUAAAAAGUGCCAAAUUGGAUGGAACUUAAUGGCCCUUUUUAUUGAUUCCUUAAACAAAAUAUUGAGAGUUGAUUUUCAAAUAAUUAAAAUAACAUAUCCCUUAUAAGAAAUAAAGUUUCAAACAUUGAU